AUGGGACAGUCUGUUACCACCCCCUUAAGUCUUACGUUACAGCACUGGAGACACGUCCAGGACACGGCCAAAAACCAAUCCGUGGACGUUCACAAGAAGAGAUGGGUCACUUUCUGCUCGUCUGAAUGGCCCACUUUCAAUGUAGGAUGGCCAUGGGACGGGACCUUUAACCUUGACAUCAUUUCACAGGUUAAAACCAAAGUGAUAGAUCCAGGGCCACACGGACACCCGGAUCAGGUGGCAUAUAUUGUCACUUGGGAAGCUAUGGCUUAUGACCCACCCCCAUGGGUCAAACCCUUUGUUACCCCCAAACGCCCUCCCGCAGCUCCCUCUGCCCCGACCCUUCCACCACUACCCCUGCUCCCCACGCCCGCUCGGUCCCCUACCAAAUCCUCCCUUUACCUAGCCCUCAUGAAACCCACGCAGGUGGAGAGUUCAACAGAGAAGAAGAAAACUUUGGGGGCACCCCCGGUCCUGCCUCCUGGGGAGGACCUCCUGGUAGAUUUGAUGAUGGAAGAACCCCCUCCCUAUCAGGAGCCAGGGCCGGAACAGCAGCAGAGGGAGGCUGAGCCACCGGAACUCCCGGUCGAACCAGCUCCCUCCCCUAUGGCCAGACGACUGAGAGGAUGCAGAGAGCAGCAGCCAGAUUCCACAUCCUGGGCUUUUCCGCUGCAUGCGGGACCGAGCGGCCAGCUUCAAUAUUGGCCCUUCUCAGCGUCUGACCUUUACAACUGGCGAAAUAACAACCCAUCUUUUACCAAGGAUCCCUCAAUGCUAACCUCUUUGAUUGAGUCUAUUCUAGUAACUCAUCAACCCACAUGGGAUGAUUGUCAGCAAUUGCUGCAGGCCCUGCUAACCACUGAGGAGAGACAGCGAGUUUUCCUAGAAGCCUGAAAAAAUGUGCUUGGGGAUAAUGGUCGCCCCACUCAGCUGCCCAAUGAGAUCGAGGCAGCAUUCCCCCUGGAGCGUCCCAACUGGGACUUUACCAUGGCCGAAGGUAGGAACCACCUAUGCCUCUAUCGCCAGUUGCUCAUAGCGGGUCUCCAUGGUGCGGCUAGACAUCCCACUAAUCUGGCCCAGGUUAAGCAGGUAAUGCAGGGAUCCGAGGAGUCACCUUCAGCAUUCCUUGAGAGGCUAAAGGAGGCCUACCGCAUAUACACUCCAUAUGAUCCAGAGGAUCCAGGUCAGGCUACUAACAUUUCUAUGUCCUUCAUAUGGCAGUCAGCCUCAGAUAUCAGAAAGAAAAUUGAGUGGCUUGAUAAUCUUAAAGAGAGUUCACUCCAAGAUUUGCUGAAGGAAGCAAAACGAAUUUUCUAUAAGCGAGAGACUCAGGAGGAAAGAGACCAGAGGCUCAAAAAGGAGGUGGAGGAAAGAGAAAACAUGAGGGAUCGCAAGAGAAACAAGGAAAUUAGUAAAUUGUUGGCCACUGUAGUUUCAGGACAGAGACAGGAUAGACAGGGAGGAGACCGAAGAGGCCCCCGAGUGGACAAAGACCAAUGUGCCUACUGCAAAGAAAAAGGACAUUGGGUUAAGGAUUGUCCUAAGAGACCAAGGGGACCAAGGAAGCCAAAACCCCAGGCUUCCUUGCUGACCUUGGAGGACUAGGGAAGUCGGGGUCAUGAGCCCCCCUCCCCUGAGCCCAGGAUAACCCUUGAUGUUGGGGGGCAACCCGUCACCUUUCUGGUAGACAACGGGGCCCAGCAUUCGGUGUUAACCCAUGCCCCGGGACCCUUGAGUGAUAAAUCAGCCUGGGUCCAGGGGGCCACUGGAGGAAGAAGAUAUCGAUGGACGACGGACUGAAAAGUACAGCUGGCAACCGGUAAGGUGACUCACACCUUCUUGCUUGUUCCUGACUGCCCGUACCCCUUACUAGGGAGAGACUUGCUCACCAAACUGCGGGCACAGAUAUAUUUUGAGGGGACGGGGGCACGCAUUACUGGGCCCCAAGGUCAACCUUUACAUGUGUUAACUCUUAAUCUAGAAGAUGAAUACAGACUGUAUGAGCCUGAAAAAACCCAGAAUCUGAUGAUGACCUACUGGUUGGAGAAGUUCCCAUAUGCAUGGGCAGAGAGGGGUAUGGGACUGGCCCUGCAGCAGGCACCGCUAAUGAUCCCACUAAAGGCCACGGCAACACCUAUAUCGAUCAAGCAGUACCCCAUGUCCCACGAGGCCUACCAAGGAAUUCGCCCCCACAUUAGGAGAUUAUUGGACCAGGGGAUAUUGGUUCCCUGCCAGUCUCCCUGGAACACUCCCCUCCUCCCAGUAAAGAAGCCAGGGACGGGGGAUUACCACCCAGUGCAGGACCUAAGGGAAGUCAAUAAGCGGGUGGAAGACAUCCAUCCCACAGUCCCCAACCCUUACAACUUGCUGAGUGGGCUGUCCCCAACCUAUACCUGGUACACAGUGCUAGACCUCAAGGAUGCCUUUUUCUGCUUGAGGCUACACCCCAAGAGCCAGCCCAUCUUUGCCUUUGAAUGGAAAGACCCAGAGUUGGGAAUAUCUGGGUAGUUAACCUGGACUAGGCUCCCACAAGGGUUCAAGAACAGCCCCACGCUCUUUGAUGAAGCCCUGCAUAGGGACUUAGCUGAUUUCAGAAUUCAAUACCCUGCUAUGAUCCUACUCCAAUACGUGGACGACCUCUUACUGGCAGCCACCUCAGAGGAGGACUGCAGGAAAAGCACCAAAGCUCUCUUGUAAACCCUGGGGAGCCUAGGAUAUCGGGCAUCUGCAAAGAAGGCUCAAAUCUGUCAAAGGCAAGUUACCUACCUGGGCUACCAAAUAAGAGAUGGGCAGAGAUGGCUGACUGAGGCCCGCAAACAGACAAUUACGAGUAUUCCCGUCCCCCAGUGCCCCCGACAGCUGCGGGAAUUCCUGGGGACGGCAGGAUUCUGUCGCCUCUGGAUCCCAGGUUUUGCAGAAAUGGCAGCACCCCUGUAUUCAUUCACUAAACAAGGGACCCUCUUCACCUGGGGAGAGGCCCAACAGAAGGCCUACGAGAACAUCAAAGAGGCCCUGCUGAUCUCCCCCGCCUUGGGCCUCCCUGAUUUGACUAAGCCCUUUGAACUGUUCGUGGACGAGAAACAGGGCUAUGCCAAAGGGGUCCUAACCCAGAGACUGGGCCCUUGGAGACGUCCCGUGGCAUACCUCUCAAAGAAACUUGACCCGGUAGCCUCGGGAUGGCCCCCUUGUCUUAGGAUGGUGGCUGCAAUAGCGGUCCUGACCAAAGAUGCUGGCAAAUUGACUCUAGGGCAGCCAUUGACUAUUCUAGCGCCUCAUGUGGUAGAAGCUCUAGUCAAACAGCCUCCAGACCGCUCGCUCUCUAAUGCUCGCAUGACUCAUUACCAAGCCAUGCUCCUGGACACAGACCGGGUACACUUCGGACCAGCGGUUGCCCUGAACCCGGCAACCCUGCUCCCCCUGCCAGAAGACGCAGAGCACCAUGAUUGCCUUCAAAUCCUUGUGGAAAUGCACAGGACCAGACCGGACCUGACGGACCAGCCCCUCUGGGACUCUGACUUCACCUGGUAUACGGACGGGAGCAGUUUCCUGGAAAACGGGGAGAGGAGAGCUGGGGCAGCGGUGACCACCGAAACGGAGGUAAUCUGGGCCGAGGCUCUUCCAUCAGGGACCUCAGCCCAGAGAGCUGAGCUUAUCGCUUUAACCCAGGCGCUUAGGAUGGCAGAAGGUAAGAAGCUCAAUGUCUACACAGACAGCCGGUAUGCUUUUGCCACAGCCCAUCUCCAUGGAGAAAUCUAUCGGAGACGAGGGUUGCUAACCUCGGAAGGCAAGGAAAUUAAAAACAAGUCCGAGAUCCUAGCCCUACUUAAGGCCUUGUUUCUGCCUCAGAAACUGAGCAUUAUCCAUUGCCCAGGGCAUCAAAAGGGACACAACCCGGAGGCACGGGGUAAUCGACUGGCAGAUGCAACUGCCCGGGAGGUGGAACUCAGGAAGAUAAUCCCCUCCUCCCAAGUUUUUCCCUUGGCCCCAGGAAAAGCCCAACCCAUUCCACGCUGCCCCCUCCCAUAUAGCCAAGAGGACAUAGAUCUUCUAAGAAAAAUGGGGGGCAAGCACGAUCCUGAAAAAGGGCAUUGGACAUUCAAAAAUAAGCCCGUCAUGCCCAUGAAACAGACUUAUGAACUGAUCACCCACUUACAUAAACUGACUCACCUCAGCCCCAAAAAGAUGAGGGCCCUCUUGGACCGAGAAGAGAGCAUUUAUUACUUGCUGGGGAGAGACGAUAUUUUACAAACUGUGGCAAAUAAAUGUAAGGCCUGUGCACAAGUUAGUGCAGGAAAGACCAAGUUGGGGUCAGGGAUCCGGGUACGGGGGCAUCGCCCCGGAACUCAUUGGGAGAUUGACUUCACCCAAAUAACACCUGGACAAUAUGGAUACAAAUACCUAUUGGUAUUCGUGGACACCUUUUCAGGAUGGGUGGAAGCCUUUCCCACCAAGCACGAGACUGCUAAGGUUGUAACUAAAAAGCUCUUGGAAGAAAUCUUUCCCAGGUAUGGCAUGCCGCAGGUAUUGGGCACUGAUAAUGGACCUGCUUUCGUCUCCCAGGUAAGUCAGUUGGUGGCCAAGCUAUUGGGGAUUGAUUGGAAAUUACAUUGUGCAUACCAACCCCAAAGUUCAGGGCAGGUAGAACGGAUGAAUAGAACCAUCAAGGAGACUUUGACCAAAUUAACGCUUGCAACUGGCUCUAGAGACUGGGUGCUCCUCCUUCCCCUAGCCCUCUACCGGGCCCGAAACACGCCGGGCCCUCAUGGACUCACCCCAUUUGAGAUACUAUAUGGGACACCUCCACCAUUCAUUAAUUUCUUUGACUCUAAUAUUGCUGAUUUUGCUAACAGCCCUUCUCUGGAAGCUCAUUUACAGGCACUGCAGAUUGUCCAGAGAGAGGUCUGGAGGCCAUUAGCUGCAGCCUAUCGGGAACAACUGGACAAACCGGUGGUACCACAUCCCUUCCAGAUAGGAGACACUGUCUGGGUCCGCAGACAUCAGACCAAAAACCUAGAACCCCGCUGGAAGGGACCAUACACCGUACUGCUGACCACCCCCAUGGCGCUGAAAGUUGACGGCAUCGCCGCCUGGGUCCACGCCUCCCACGUCAAGACAACCCAUCACCCUGAGGAGAAGGAGCCAACUGCGACCCCACCAUGGAGAGUCCAGUGCACCCAAAACCCGUUAAAACUAAGACUCACCUGUGGGGCCCCUUGA